CAAGAACUUUCAAGUAUCUUGAAUGAAGAGGCUCAACUCCAUCAGUAAAUCUCCUACCCUGUCAUCACUAAUUUUCACACCCAUCCCUAUCAGAGUUUACUGGCAGAUGACUAUAAAAUUGCUGACCAUGGAGCCCUCCUCAAAUUCCACCACAUCACCCAAUUACACUGAUCUGUUGUUCAAUAAAUUUGUCCACCUGGAUAGAGAGCUGUCAGAUACAUUUUAUACUCUGUGGGUAGCACUGGUGGUGGUCAAUGCCAUCAUUUUCCUGGUGGGUGUGGUGUUGAACUCUUUGGCCCUCUAUGUCUUCUGCUUCCGCACCAAGACAAAGACCACCUCAGUUAUCUACACUAUCAACCUGAUCAUCACUGACUUGCUGGUGGGCUUCUCCUUGCCCAUCCGGAUCAUCAUGCACUAUAGUGCCAGGGACUGUAAGAACUGUGCCCUCAUCCAUAUCUUUACCUACUUUGUCAACAUGUAUUGCAGCAUUCUCUUCCUUACGUGUAUCUGCAUUGACCGGUACCUGGCUAUUGUCCAAGUGGAAGCCUCACGUCGGUGGAGGAACCCCAACUAUGCCAAGAGCAUCUGUGUAUUCAUCUGGGUCUUUGCCACAGUGGUCACUUUCUCCAUCCUUGUCAUGGCCAUGAAGUUUUCCUACUGCUGCAUUGCCCAGAUCUUGCCCCUGAUGGUCUGUGAGUACUUCUUCCCCCUCAUCAUCAUCACCUUCUUCACCACUAGGAUCAUGUGUGCCCUCUCUAAGCCAACCCUCAUGCACCAGAGUCGGGAAAGGCGGAUGAGGGCCGUGCAACUCCUCAUCACAGUGCUCAUCAUCUUCAUGAUCUGCUUCACUCCUUUCCAUGUGCGCCAACUGGCUAUCUCCAUCAACCCAGACAUGCCCUACAAUGUCAGCUUGAUUGUCUACCAUGUGACCGUCACCUUAAGCAGCCUCAACAGUUGCAUGGACCCAAUUGUCUACUGCUUUGUCACCAAUAACUUCCAAUCCACCAUGAAAAAUAUCUUCAGGAAUUCAGAACCUGAACAAACCAGUGGAGACAUCAUCAGCAUCAACAAGAACUCAGGUUCAAAUGCCAUUAUAGCCUUCACAACUGCAAUAGGGAACCCAUUGGUCCUGCCUUCACCAAACAAUACAGCAAGCUCCUAGAAGAAGGAAGAUCCCAGUGUACAUUUCAUAUAAAUGUACACUGUUGUUAAGCUAUGUGCUACUAUCCUCUAUUUAAAGAAUAUUUUAGAAUAUCAUGUCAAUCUUCAGAGCUCUUUGGGUUCCUCCAUGACACCACCCAUAAAUAUAUGGCAACUGGAUUUGUCAAUUGGGAAAUUAUGUCAUGAAGUUUCCUCUCAUGAGCAAAUUCCAGGACUGUGUCUUGGGAUGCAUUCUGAAUCUCCAGGAAUGAUAGAGGAAUGAAUAGACACAGCUACAUUGUUUGACAGUUCUAUUGCCUUCUCCAUGAUCUCUUGGAGGACAGGAAGCAAAGACGGGGCUUGUUCAGAUAUUGACACUACUACGGACUGCUCAGAUCUUCAAAGGCGUACACUACAGACUAUUACAAGCAGGACAGAAGGAAAUGUAACAGAAACCUGUAUUAUCCAUGGCAAAUAAUACAGGAGAAUAAUAACUGUGGGGAACUGGGGAUGGUGAUUUUGGAAGACAUCAUGCCUAACCCAAAUAAAAUGCUAAAGCCAUGAGGGUAAUAAACAACAGAACUAAAAGCAUGAUUGGCUUCACUUUGGAAAUCUGUGAUUGAAAUUCAUUUCUCAAGAAUGCUAUGGUUUGUUAUCUAGACUAACCCAGGACAACCUGGGACAAACUUUAUUUUACAUGCACUCAAAGCCAGCAAAGCUCCAUUGCAACCGUUGUGCACUAUAAUGCUAUGGAAAGAGUUAUUUUCAAGUGAUG